UCUUGGUGCAUGCGAGAGUUCCGCGUAACAGUUCUCCGGCGCUGUGAAGUCCUAUUCUCUUUGUGUACAUUUGAAAACUUGAAAUAAACAGUUUGCGCUUUGAUUUCCGUGUGUUUGUGGAUUUGUUUGUUUGUUCUGUGGGUCGGCUCGAGUUAACCACCGAUUCUAGUGACACUGUCGAAUUCUAUGCUCAGUUUUAAGUAACUUUUAACCAGUUCUGAUUUUGAUUGUCGAAUUUGAGGAUUAUUUAUCCGGAUAAUAUUAUGCUAAGUGAUAAAUGUGGCAAAAGAAACAUCUCAAGGGACAACCAUGCCAUGUGGAACGCCCCCAAAACUCCCCCCAGCCUCACCUGAUCCAGCACCACCUUCAGCCCAAGAAAUCGAACCUUGCGACCCAUCGAUGUUCAUCCCAGACGCUCCAACAUCGAAACCCGUAUCUGAAAUUUCCUCCCCCACCUAAUUAUCCACCCCCGGAGCCCUCCCUACAACCCCUGGCCAUGAUGGAGGAACAAGUGCAGGCGGUGGCCGGACAUUCCGCGAGACGCACCCCCCAGGAGCACCCCUGGGACCUGCCAAACGACUAUUCCUACGCGUACUACGAGCCAGGUCCCCCAACCAGGCACACCAACGUGCCCCCCAAGGGGAUGUACAAGGAGGGGUCGUACACCACGCACCACACCUACGUCACCAGGUACGGGACCGAGGAGAACAUCUACGAGGAGAUCAGCGACAUGGCCAAGGCCAGGCUGCUGGCCCCCAUCCACCAGCGUCAGGAGUCCAUGGCGUCCAUCAACCAGAGCCUGGUGGAGGAAGAGGUGAGGAGGGUGCAGAGCGGACAUAGGAGGGUCUUGGGCGAGCUGAACCUAGCCGUGGAGGCCAUGCUGAUGCCCUCCAACUCCAGGGAGGGUAGCGACGAUACCGACCGCGAGAAUGACGAUCAACUCGCCGAUCUACUGACUGUGGGACCUACGGAUGACCUUCUAUCCCCCCACGUGCCCAUGAUGGACUUGGACAGUGGUUUUAGUGGUAGUUCUAGUGGUGCUAGUUAUAGGAGCGCUGGUGGGAGUUUGAGGAGGGGAUUCAACAGGUCCAAGUCGUCGAACACUUGCGUGGCGCGGUCCUCGACGCCUGUCGAUACCGGUAGUGGAGGGGGUAACAAGGGAUUUUGGGGGAAGAAGGCUUGGAAGAAGAUCACGUCCUUCCCUUCGAAUAUCAGCCUGAACAAGCAGAAAGAUGAACCUCGUAUGCAGUCUGGCCUAUGGGAAGAUACAUCAUGUGAUAAAAGGAUACCUCUGACCCAUACGGGUCACGGACACAAUUUUCAACGAAACCUCUCACACAGAAGCUCAGAAGAGAGCUGGUGCUCUGGAUCUGACCACGAGAUCUCCUCCGACGAAGAAAGUGAUAGAAAUAGGACCAAUGGACAAUUGAGGAAUACCUUCAACAAAGCCCUCACCCUCUGUGAUAAAUUAAGGGGUGGAUCAUCGAAUGGACACCGGCUUUCACUCGACGCCACACUGCCAGUGGACCCUAACAAUCAAGGUCGCCUAUCGAGGUGGUUUUCGAUCAGAAGAGGCAGCUGUCAUCAGUACGACAUCGAAAAUGUCGAUUCCCCACACGUACCAAAAUCGCCUCAGGCUAGGCACAAGAUGCCUCUUCUACCCGAGGUUGAAGAGGAAACUUGUUUCCCUAACUGUACCACACAACAAAGAAGGCAGCAACCACCUAGUCUGCCUUCACCUCCCCCACAUCUAUCCCCGCAACAAAUAAAGAGGAGGAUGAUAGUGGCAGCAAUUGUACAUAGUGAAAAUUCGUAUGUUGCCACCCUUCAAAGGCUUGUGAAUGACUACAAGAGGCCACUUGAGGAAAGCAACCCCCCAAUCCUCAGUAACUCCAAAAUAUCCACCCUCUUCUACCGACUUCCGGAGAUACUCCAGUGCCAUACCCUGUUUAGAAUAGCCCUAGCGGAAUGUAUAAAAAAUUGGGAUACUGAGGAGAAAAUAGGAGAUGUGUUCAUAGCGUCAUUCUCUAAGGCUAUAGUCUUGGAUAUCUACAGCGGUUUCAUCAAUAACUUCUCCAUAGCCAUGGAUCUAGCCAAGAUGGAGGCCAAAAGGAAAUCGGCUUUAGCGGAUUUUCUCAAAGUCAAACAAAUCAGCUCUCAAGAUCGCCUGUCGUUUUUUGGGUUGAUGGUGAAACCUGUGCAGAGGUUCCCACAGUUCAUACUAUUUUUACAGGAUCUUCUGAAACACACACCAAAAGGCCACCAUGAUCGUAUGUCCCUUCAACUAGCCCUCACACAGUUAGAAUCCUUGGCAGAAAUGCUGAACGAAAGAAAGAGGGAAUCGGAACAAUACCAAGCCUUCAAGGAGAUGCUCAGAAACAUCAGCGGUAAAUUCUCUGCAAGGCCUCUGUCUGACGGCAACCGGUAUCUGUUGCGAGAGGACAACGUCACUCAAAUUGAGUACAACCAAAACGGACACAUCGUGAAGGCCAAGAGUAGAAGACUCCUGCUCCUCAACGACCUGGUGGUGUGCGUAUCUGUGUCGCCCAAAGUUUCCGACGAUUUUGGAUCGAGCGAAAGACUGAGCUUGAAGUGGACCUGUCCCGUGUCCGACAUCGAGGUCAUAGAUUCCACCACUUCGCCGACCCUGAGCAGGGUCUUAGCCGGAGGUUUGAACAAAGGGGGCAGUUUGAAAUCCAACAAUUCCUACGACGGAUCCCAGCCGCAAGACGUGACCAGUUUAUGCGCGGAAAUGAGCAACCUGAUGCACGAUUACGAGAUCAUGAGGAGGGUGGCAGAUCUCGUUGGCACCCUCAAAGGUUCCUACCCCAACAUGACGGCGGAUAAUGUCAGGAGGAUCUUGCAUAACAUACAGAAUUCCAUACAGGAGAAAGACGAGGAGAUCGCUUGGAUGGACUCGUGUUGUCUGCAACUGGUCGUUAGGACCAAGGGAAAGGAGGAGAAAUUAACUUUCCAAACUGACAAUUCGUCGAUCAAGAGCGACUGGAUCACCGAGCUUCGAUUGGCGCAGUUGGCCAUGGAUGCUAACAAUUCGCCUGCGUGGGAGAUACCGGAACAGGAGCAUAGGCCUUCGACGAAGAUGCCGUUAUUUGUGAGGUCUCAUUGUAUAUACAGGUCACAGCAUCAAACAGAGGUUCGUUGUGGAUGCUACUUCACUAUAAAUUUACCAAAGACUACCAAGAGGAGGCAUUACCAAAGUUACUUGUGGACGAGCACGUGGAACGGCGCGUCUAGCCACAUCACAAUCAUGGCGCAACACCAACAGCAAACGGGCACCUUCAAAGAGAUCGCCUCUUUUCCUCUGACGGAAACGGAGGUGGUUUCGAUGGAGUUCGUCAAGGGUCACAACGGUCAACAGUGCGAUACCGUUUGGGUGGGUACAAAGAGCAGAAGGAUCAUCCUUUAUUCAGCCGAUGACGCCGAGAGACUGGAGGAGAUAGGUAGUACGACCGUCUUGGACAGCGUGAACGAGAUAAAAUACCACUACGAAAACGUUUUCGUGGCUCUGAACAACGGAACGUUGCUGAUUUUCGGACGCGACCCCGUCAAUCAGAUUUGGCAGCUCCAGAAUCCCCAAAACUUGACCUUAGGCGCGGAAUCGAUAAGCAGUCUACUACCCAUCAAUUCUAACAUUUACGCCUCCUGUGGAAACAAAGUUUUCGUGUUAAACGCGGCGUCCGGCGAAGUUCAGAAGAAUUUCCACGUUCACGAGCAUUCGGGACCAAUAAAUCUGAUGGCGCAUAGUGGAAUAGGCCUUUGGAUCUCGCUGAAACAAUCUAGCACCGUUUGUUUGUACCACACGGAGACUUUCAAACAUUUACAAGACAUAAACAUAGCUUCGAACGUUACAAGAGUUUCGAACUUGAAUGGGAGAUCUCAAGUGUACGUCACUGCCUUAUUAGCUUGUAAAGGUCUACUCUGGGUCGGUACCAACGUAGGGAUCAUCUUAACAAUACCCUUACCUCGACUGGAAGGCGUUCCAAUCAUAAGCGGCCGAGUCAACAUCUCCUACCACGCACAUUUCGGACCAAUAUCAUUUUUGUUAUCGCUACAACCAAAGAACUACAGCAGCCAAAUCAAAACGCUGAAAGAAACGAAGAAGGAGGAACCGCAAAACGAAGAACAACCGUCGGAAGACAACCAGAGGGAGAAAACUCCCGAUAGACCAAAAAUAGAGAAACAACUCUCCGAUACAUCGGACACUAGCUCGAAAUUAAAAUACAACAACACGUCCACAAGUCCAGUGGUCUUGCGCAGACGGAGAUCGAAAGAAAGCGAUGUUUCCAGGCUUUCCAAAACGUUACCAAGGAGUUUUGGAAACGUUGGGUCAAUAUUUUCAACGAGCAGUACAUCGUCUCAAAGUUCAGGUGAUACCUGCGAUGUUUAUGGCUUAUAUGGGGAAUUGAUGUAUAUUAAAGGCUACGAAGAGGAGGAAAAUAUGUUGACGGAUGCAAUAUAUGAAUCAGCUAGAAGGAGUGAUCCCGAAUUGGCAGCUAUACCUAGCAAAGUUAGCACGUUGGACCGUAGACUCAAGAUGAAAGUCAGCAGGCCGAGGUCUUUAGAUUUAUCGAAUUGGUCUGUGGAUUCGAAAUCUUCCAGCAUAUUCACUUCUUCGGGUAGCGAAGAAAGCAUGGCGAUCAAACACGGACAAAGUGUAUCACGAAACAAUUCCAAUGCUAGUAGACAAUUAGAUGAUGUUUGUGAACACAAUAGCGUAAACGAAGUUAGAGAAAUUGAAAAUGCAGAAAACGUUUCUGUGGUUAAUCAAAAUCCUAGUUUUAAGAUUUGCAAUAAUAAAGGAGCCAGUUUGAAAACUUCGACUAAGAAUGUUAUAGAUAGCAAUACUCGUAAAACUGUUAUCACCAUAAUGGGAGGUAGAGGUUAUGUGAACUGGAGACAACCAUGCUGUUCUAUCGAUAAGUCUAAAAAUGCAUCUAUAUUUAGGGAUACUAAUAGUACCGAUGCUCAUCUUGUGAUAUGGGAGUUGAAAUUGUGAUCUAAAAUAAUCAAAAUUUUUGAUAAUGUUCAUUUCAAAUGUCCACAAUUUCUUUAAGGAUUCACAUACCCUAUUUUUAGAGAUUUUUAGAUAUAUAUUUUAACUUAUUUGUUACAAGUCUAUAUUUAUUUAUUUCCAGCAUUUCGAAAUUUCAAUUCAGAUAUUUGUAAGAAAAUAUUGUAUAUUUUAUAAUAAAUAUCAUGUUGAAUACUUCAUUUUUCGUUA